AACUGUAUCUGCAUGUCCAGUUAUGUUGCCCUGUUACCACCAGGUGGCGAUAGUGAUAGUAAAAGGUGACCGUGUUAAGAUUUUCACGCUACGUAGAAGUUCAGGAACGAUCAGACAUUGUUUAUGUGUUUAUUUAAAGAGUCUUCUUGCAACAAAAUGCUCUCGACUUUGCACUGCAGAACAUGACCUAUGUGGUUUAACUAGAGCUUAACCAGGUGCAUAGGGUUUUUUAGAUUUAAAAUUUAUAUAGCACAGUUAUAGCAUACAUGCCAACAGUCCCUAUACGGUCGGGACAGUCCCGAUUUCCUAGCAAAUGUCCCGCGUUCCGAUGCAUAGGAAGAAAGUCCCGAUAUUUACCCAUAGAAAAAAAAAUCAUUUAUUCUGCACAGAAGAGUUCGUGAAAACCACACGCUGUGCUCUUCAUGCGGCUAACACAUCUGCUGAUCACUAACUUAUACAAAGCCCCUGUCAUUGCCCUUGGAGCCACUUUGGGGACGGCAUUGGGCAUCCUUGCCAUCUGUGGACUCUCGCUCCUCUGCAAGUCUUGCAAAAAAGGAAUCUCAGAAAAAGACCAGGAAUUGGAUUUGGAAAAGACCCAGCCUAGUGUGUUUCAUUCUGCACAGCAGUUCAGCGUUAAGAAAUCCACUGAGCCCAUCCAGCCCAGGACUCUGUUAAAGUUUCCCAGAAUCUACAGGCCCAAACCCUUGGUGACAUCACCGGAGGUGAUCAACUCCACAGACUACACCUUGGAAACAACAGACGAGCCUUCAGCUGAAAACACUGCAGAGCCUGAUGACAGUUGCCUAGCAACCGAUGGCUCUGAAGAGGUCUUUAUCAUCCCCAGGCAAGAUUCUAAGGCAGCCUUUGCCAUCUCUGGGGAUCUGAAGAAAGAAACAGCAGGCGGCAACACAACCCCAAACCCAAAGCUCCACUUCUCUCUCCGAUACGACACCCAGACAUUAGAGCUGCAUGUCACAGUCAUCGAAGCUGAGAACGUCAGUGCAACCCAGGGCCACGAUUGCUACAUCACUGGACACCUGACCACCAAGUCUGGAAAGAGGGAGGCCCUGACGUCAAUCCGCCGCGUGACACCCCACCUGCUGUGGGAGGAAACCCUGGUGUUUCCGCUGCCAGAGGGCUACGGGAUAGAGGGAGAGAUCUCCCUGUCCCUCUUCAACUGUGACAAGUUCUCCCGACACACCAGUACGGGAGUGAUGAGGUUCAAACUGGCUGAUGUGGGCAUGCUAUCAGACGCAGACUGCUGGGUGGACCUGCAGCCUCCCAAACAGGAUCCUGCCAUUUCCGUGGGCGAGAUUCUCCUCUCCAUCAGCUACCUCCCUGCUGCAAACAGACUGGGUGUCGUGGUCAUGAAAGCGAGGAGCUUGCAGUCAGAUAAGCUGAAGGAUGUCAUCGAUUUGUCUGUGAAGCUGGCUUUAAAGCAUCAGGCCACGAAGCUGAAGAAGAAGCAGACGAGGAGGGUGAAGCACAAGAUGAACCCCGUCUGGAACGAGAUGAUGAUGUUCGAGGUUCCCCACAAGCUGCUGUCCCAGUCCAGCCUGGAUCUGGAGGUGCUGAACCAGGCCUGUGUGGGGGACGUCCAGUCCCUGGGGCGCUGUGCUGUCGGGAUGCAAUCGACAGGUACCGGGCUCCAGCACUGGCAGCAAAUGCUGAAUAACCCCAGGAAACAACUUGCCAUGUGGCACCCUCUGUAUGAGUGAGAGCACCCAGGAAGAGCCCCAGCAGAGACUCGCACUACUGCGAAACCACAAUGAACAUUCAUAGCAGUGAAAUUAUAUCAUUCACAUGAUCCCAAAUCAAACUAAAUAUAAACACAAAUAAUAAUCUAUAUAUAUAUAGUGUGUGUGUGUGUGUAUUACGUACAGUCUUGUAUCCACAUCUGUAAAAUGGAUGAAAUUGUGAAUACUGUUUACCAUGCUGUAUUUUUUUCCAAACACAACCCCAUAAAGGAAUGCAUGGGCAAGAUUUAUAAAGAAGGCAGACAUAUAUAAGAAGCAAAAGCAACUUCAAUAGAAAAUGAAUCUCAAUCCACGUACAGCACUGUAAGCACAGCCAGGCUUCCAUGAGAAUAUUGUAAUUUCCUGUGCAGACUGAACCAGUUAAAGCAAUGUAGCAGAAAAGGCUAAACACAUACAGCACCGUACAUAAUGAAUACUGUGAGAGGAAAUGAAGUCACUAUACCUGUAUAAUGUGUAAAUUCACAAAGAUUCUUCAAAAUUCCACAAGAUUUCUGACAAUAAUAUGGAAUUUGGAUGUGUAAUGCAGAAAAAAAAACAUAUUUUAUCUACAGUGACCUCCUACGUGCUACUAAAAAGUAAUAAAAAGUAAUUUAUCAGAACAGGCUUUAGCCUCAUCCAGGGUUUAUUCUGUGCAUAUAAAUCAGGCUGAGUUUUACCCAAAGCAUUCCUCUCCAGACCAAGACCAGAUCUUUAAAUUAGCAACUGAGUGCACAGAAUCACCCCAUCGUUCACCUUCACCCUUGAAGCACUAACCUUGAUUGAAGGGCUGGUAACAUUUCAAGGAGACUCAAUUGAAAGCAGUGUUUUUACUACAGCUUGGAUAAUAAUAAUUCUUCCACUCCUGGUAUGCAUAUAGCACAAUGAUCCAGGUAAAUAAAUACUGGUACCCAUUGCUAGGUGGAUAUUGUACAAUGCCAUGCAAAAUGUAUAUCACAUUCUAAAGACAAAGCACAAUAUAUGUAUGUUUAAAACUGAAACUGCAUGCACUUUUGAAAACUGUUAGCUUGAUAACAUUACAACUACUGUAUAAUACAGACGUAAGCAGUGCUACUGUCAUUCCAAUAAAUGAUGUUUUGUUUUUUUUUUAA